CUACAGUAGAAAGCUUUGAAGUAUUUACUUAAUAUAAUAUUUAGUUAAUACGUAUAUUACGAAAUAAUGAGGGAAAUAGUGCAUAUACAGGCAGGCCAAUGUGGCAAUCAAAUUGGAGCUAAGUUUUGGGAGGUGAUCUCCGACGAGCACGGAAUCGAUCCCACUGGCACAUAUCACGGAGACUCGGAUCUACAAUUGGAAAGGAUCAACGUCUACUAUAAUGAAGCCACAGGAGGAAAAUAUGUACCAAGAGCUAUACUAGUGGACCUCGAGCCUGGCACCAUGGAUUCUGUACGAUCAGGCCCAUUCGGACAGAUCUUUCGCCCAGACAAUUUCGUGUUCGGUCAGUCGGGGGCUGGGAACAACUGGGCAAAGGGGCAUUAUACAGAGGGCGCCGAACUCGUCGAUUCAGUGUUAGAUGUAGUAAGGAAAGAAGCGGAAGGAUGUGAUUGUCUGCAAGGAUUCCAGUUAACACAUUCGCUCGGUGGAGGUACAGGUGCUGGCUUAGGAACAUUGCUCAUCUCCAAAAUCAGAGAAGAGUACCCAGACCGAAUCAUGAACACAUUCAGUGUUGUGCCCUCUCCCAAAGUAUCUGAUACUGUUGUCGAACCAUACAACGCUACCCUGUCUGUGCAUCAGCUAGUGGAAAACACUGAUGAGUCGUAUUGCAUCGAUAAUGAGGCUCUGUACGAUAUUUGCUUUCGAACACUCAAAUUAACAACACCGACAUACGGCGAUUUGAACCAUUUGGUGUCUGCAACUAUGUCUGGAGUCACAACCUGUCUUCGAUUUCCCGGCCAACUGAAUGCAGAUUUGAGGAAAUUGGCUGUGAACAUGGUACCAUUUCCUCGUCUGCAUUUCUUUAUUCCCGGUUUCGCACCACUGACGUCUCGUGGCAGCCAGCAGUACAGGGCUUUGACAGUACCAGAGUUGACUCAGCAGAUGUUUGAUGCGAAAAAUAUGAUGGCAGCGUGUGACCCUCGCCACGGCAGAUACUUAACAGUUGCUGCUGUCUUCAGAGGUCGUAUGUCAAUGAAAGAAGUGGACGAACAAAUGAUGAACAUUCAAAACAAGAACUCCUCUUAUUUCGUGGAAUGGAUCCCGAACAACGUCAAGACCGCUGUGUGUGAUAUUCCACCGCGUGGUCUAAAAAUGUCUGCCACCUUCAUUGGGAAUUCUACUGCUAUCCAGGAACUGUUUAAGCGAAUUUCGGAGCAGUUCACUGCUAUGUUUAGACGCAAGGCUUUUCUGCACUGGUACACUGGAGAGGGAAUGGACGAGAUGGAGUUUACUGAAGCGGAGAGCAACAUGAACGACUUGGUCUCGGAGUACCAGCAAUAUCAGGACGCCACCGCCGAAGAGGAAGGCGAGUUUGAUGAGGAAGAAGAGGGCGGUGAUGAGGGAGAUUAGGCUGUGUGGUGUUAAGGUUUGGUUUAUAUUGUAUUUUUCCU